AAUAAGGCUGUAAUUGUUAUAGUAACAUAUAUGGCUUAGUUCACGUUUGUCAGUAUGCCAUUCAAUUUUGUCAUUGCUUCAUCCGCAUUAAAGUUCUACCAAAAAGUGUUUGAUCUUUCGCAUGUGUCAUCAUAUUCUAUCAACUAUUGUCAAUCACACAAAAACAAGACUGCCGUAAUUCUAGGGAGUGCCAGUGUGUGACACUUGUAUAUCACACCCAACAAGGUAUGUGUGGUUCAUAGUUCAUACUACGACAUGUUAGAUUGAAAACACAACUUCUGGGAGGGCUCCUGCUUUGGUUACAUGUUUGGUGACGGUUGGGUGGGGGAACUAAUCAUGUGUCUUGGGGAUUAUGUUAUCCGAGAGUUUGUCAUAAUAUCUAUCUUUCUGUCUUCUUGCAAAUAUGCCAUCUAGACCUGUUCAUAAUGACCCUACAAAUGGAUGAUAUCUCCUCACAUUGAUGAUACAUGGCCUUGUGUAGAAUUCAACCCCAAAAGCUAGCUAUUUAAGUGAGGGUGCCCUCAUGCUUAUAUACUCUAUAUUACGUUGGUAACCAAGGCGAUGUGAGACUUUGCUUCACAAUUGAAGCAUUAGGAUGACCCUACAAAUGCCAUAAUGAUGCUAUAGCUGUAAAUUCAUCAGAACAAAAGAUAAUGACUUUCCCUGCUAGCUCAUCCUAUAUCUUUCAUAAUAUUUGGCAUUUGGUUUAUAUUUCUCAGUCUAUUUGCUUGGCUUAGAGUAGAAUUACAAAAGGUUACACAUGAUUGUAGAUUUCACAAGAAGACUAUUACACAAAGGUAUUUCCCUGAAAUCCCACUAAGACUCCAUCACAAUACUCCUUGUAACUUAUCUCCUGCUUUAACAUGAAUUUUAGGUCUUUUUGGAGCCAUCUGGUUAGAACUUUAAAUUCAUUGUUUCUCGUUCUCUUUGGAUUGCAAUUUGCAACUUUUUUUCUGAUUUGGUACCCCUAGUCUUCAUGUGUCUCUUUUUGCUUUGUCAUCAACACUUGCAUUCACACUCUGCUUAAAAAGCAAGGCGACAUGUCAAACCAAGGAAUUUUGGUUCCACCACAAUCAUAGUCUAUGGUAGAGAAGUAUCAUUUGGAAGAUUAUUUUCGUCAGUUGGCUGGUCGGCCCUAUUGAGAUAAAAUGCAUCCACAAAAGAUUGUGAAGAAAAUGAGGAUAGGAAGUACGCAAAAUUAUCGUUGGUUGCUUUGAAACCUGCAAGUCUUUUUUUAACUCUAUUUGUAUGCGCUCCAGGGUGAAAUGAUAACAAAUGACAUACAUUAAACAUCAAUGGAUGUAGUCAUUUUGUUAUACAAAGGGACAUGCAUCUCGCCCUAUUUCCCUCAGUUUUGCCGCCUUCUACUGCGAAUGACAGUUGAAGGUGGGAUGGUUCUCAUUGGGUUAGAUCAUAAUGCCAAAAGGAGAUUGGUGGAUUCUUUUUUUGCUCAGAAUUCAUCUUGUCUUUUUCCUUUGUUCAUGGUAGUUUGUGAAGACUCCUAAGAGGAAAGUCAGGUUUUCUUAUGAGGUAUGUUUUGAUCGGCAUUUUCUUAUGAGGGCAUGUAAGAUAUUACUCAUCUGCAUGUAGGAUGGAAAUAUGGCCUAUGUCGUUAACAUUGACCACUUGGCUCACAGAAAUCUUAAGUUUUGGCUUCCAAAGGAUUCAUUUCGGACCAUUAAACUGAGCAGUGAGAAGCAUGUUGCUCAGUAUGUAGCGGGGAAGGGGGGAAGGACGUUUCUGGAAUAGUUCUCCAUUGUCCUUGUGAUUCUUUCUGCAGAUCUCCUCAAUACUCUAUAAGUUUCUUCUUUCAGUUCUCCAUGACUAAAUACAUGUUGCAUGACUAUGGAUGUUGGUAAGAUUGUUGAUCAUUUCGAUGUCCUUUGUUAGAGGUGUUGGUCACUCCAUAUUAUAAUUCAAGUUGUCCAAAUUAUGAAUAGAACGUGAUUUGACUGUAUCUGAUCAGCCAUAAGUUGGGUUUUGUACUCGUCUAGUUGAAAAUCCUCUUCUUAUGAAGCAAAAUAAGCUGGGAUACUUUUUAAUUUUUUUUAUAUGGCAGAAUUUUAUUUAGCUGCCUUUUUUUCAUUCUUGAAUGACCCUUCUAAUCUCAUGUCUCAAGCUAUCUAAUAGUUCGAUACUUAUGGUGAAAAUUCUGAAAGCUCCAGAUUAUCUUUACCUUUGGUUUCUCUACUGAUGCUCUGUUGGUGGAGUAAUAGUAUAGUGUUCCGGGAACAUCUCACACUUUUUGUAGAAAUUCUUUCAGAACAAAGCAAUUAUUUCUUUCUUACUUGGAUUAUAUCUUAAAAUACCAUGCCAUGCCCAGCAACAUAUCCAUGCCUGGUAAUUUCUUGAUCAUGAUGUUUCUUUAUAUCUUCUAUUUAUCUCUUGUAAGAAUGUAACCCAUUCUUUUCAAUAGUAGGGGCUAGGUGUCCAUUUUCUCCUCCUUUUUCCUUACAAGAAAAGCACAUGGCUCCCUGCUAUUGAGUGUCUGCGCGGCGAAUGUGGUGUACUGGAGGCAUGCAAUAGGAGCAUGAGUGGAAGCUACUAGGACUAUGAUUGUGUGCGAAAAAUGGGGACUCCUAAUCGGAAAUGGGAAUAACGUAGACGUAAAUACUGCCAAGUGAUUAUGGAGUUGCUGCGUGACGAACCUUACCAUUAAUUCUUGUUCUAGCCAUUCCUAUUUCUCCACGCUCCUGUUGAAACACAUCACCAGCUUCUUGACCUCUUAAUAAGGUAGUCGGUCGGAGAAGAAAUUCCCCUGCAUGGUAGUAUCAACAUUUCCACGUUUAGGAAAACUUUCCCACUUUAUGGGAAACUGUGGGUGCUUCACUGCUUUGAAAAAUAGCUACAUGGCAGCUGCAUUACAUUCCAUAAGAAAGUCGCCUGGAGAAGAGGGAAAAGACCAAAAGAAGCUUAUAGGAAUGUCUUGUGCUACUUCAGAUCACGCCUUCAAUGCAACCAUUUGGGAUGUCUUAGUGGAUCCCUACUAUCAGGGUCAAGGUCUUGGAAAGGCUCUUGUUGAAAAGCUCAUAAGGGUUCCUUUACAAAGGGACAUUGGCAGUAUUAUACUCUUUGCAUAAAGUCAAGGUAUAGCCACCAUUGUUGGAGUCUUGAUUGGAUAACAGCCGGGGUCCUAUAUGUUUAAUAUUGGAACAAUUAUCUAUCUCGUUCUUCAGGAGAUUCUGAAGCCAUGUACUGUGUAUCGUAAUGUUUUUUCCUAUUAAUGUAGCAAUUUAAGCUUGUAUAAACUUCAUUGAUAAAGAGCACAAGAAAUGUCCAUGUCAACUCUGCACAGUUCCUCAUAAUAAUAAUUUUGAUUUCUCCUGCUUUGUUUUUCACUUGGUUC